AUGUUUAAGAAUCAAGGAAUCAUGUUCGGUUUAUUGGUAUUGUUAUGUGUCAAUCAAGUUAUAUGUCUUCAACAUACUAAUAAUAAUCAAAUUGUUAUCGGAUCAUCGAUUGGAGGCGUUCUAGGAUUGAUUAUUUUGAUCUUGGAUCUUAUUGCAGUAUUUGAACUAUUAAAAUCUGGUCGUGGAUUAGGAUCAAAAUUACUUUGGAUUUUAUUAAUUAUUUUCUUUCCAGUAGGAGGUUUGUUGAUAUAUUUAUGUUGUGGACGUAGAAAAACAGUUGAUUCCGUUGUAUAA